ACUCUCCUCGUUGCCAUUCCGUUCGCUGCGCUGGCCGUGAGCAGCCGUCAUGUUGAUUCACGUAGGGUGGCUGGACACCAGAAGCGCUUCCACCGCCGCUCCUCCAACUUCACCCUUGUAGACAUGCACCAGGGUAACAGCUUUUUCGAUGGCUUUGAUUUCUUUACGGAUAAGGACCCCACAAACGGGCAAGUUAAGUUCCUUUCCCGAGACGCUGCAACCGGUGCGAAACUUGCGUUCGUCCAAGAUGAUGGUACGACCGUCAUGGCUGUAGACAACACAUCCAACCUCGGGGACGGCGAGAAUCGCAACUCCGUGCGCAUUCAAUCAAAGAAGACAUAUUCGUCAGGUCUCAUUGUUGCGGAUAUCUAUGCAAUGCCACACGGAUGUUCGGUAUGGCCCGCAUUCUGGAUGGUUGGCAGCGACUGGCCGAACAACGGCGAGAUUGAUAUCCUUGAGGGUGUGAAUGACGGAACAAACAAUCAAUAUACUUUACACACCGCAGACGGUUGCGCACUUGACAAGUCUCCGGCCGUGUCAACCGUUAGUAAAGUCACAGGCAAGGUUGAGGCGUUUGCUUCCAAUGUUCUGGGAACAACGUGUGCGAGUUCUGCAGGCAACAAUGCGGGCUGUGCAUUCCUCGACACAUCAACAACUUCGUACGGCCAUGGUUUUAAUAUGCUUGCCGGUGGGGUCUUCGCGACGCUCAUCGACGAUAGCGGCAUAUCAAUCUACCGCUUCGAGCGCAGCUCGAUUCCGGGUGAUCUUCAAGCGCAGAAACCCGAUCCGAGCAGCUGGGGCGUUCCCGCUGCAUUCUGGAGUUCGUCGACAUGCGAUAUCCAGAGUCAUUUCAAAGACAUGAACAUAGUCUUUGACACGACUCUCUGCGGUGACUGGGCUGGCGCUGCAUUCCCUGCCUCAUGUCCUGGAACGUGCUCCGAUGCCGUUAAGAACGCAAGUAACUUUGACUUUGCACAGUGGAAGGUCAACUCUGUUGCAGUCUACCAGUGAACUGGCUGGUCAUGAGUCCUGCACUGCCAACAUUAAAACCUGCCUGAAUCUGAGUCGGUAACAUGAAUUCUCACGACCCGAGCGCAUCGUCUCUUCACAUUGUCACCCGAUACCUUGCCUCACACACAUCCAACCCCACCUUGCAUUCAGUCUUCUUUCACCACAUUCUGUUCUCUCUGGGUAGACUCCCU